AUGCCCGAAGAACCUGGCGGUAGCGUAGGCGGCAUCAAACUACCCACGGAAGAGGACCUCAAAAAUCUCCCCAAUGAUGAACGCCUGCGACAAGCCGCCGAAGUCGCGGGUCAAGCAGCCUCCGCUGAAGGUCUCGUCAACAGCCUGAAGAAGAAGGCGGCCGCCAUCACGAAUCCCAAAGAACGCGAGCGGAUAUUGACAGAGGCCUACAACAACGAAGUCAAAGCAAAGGGCUUGAGUAAAAAGGCCAAGAUACUGCAGAGUGGCGGAUUCCAGGGUGUCGUGGCUGGCGGCGGCAUCGGGGCCGCCACGGGCGUCGGACUGGGCACCGCCGUUGGUACGCUGGUUGGAACCGCAGCCACCAUACCAACGACACUGGUGGGCGGACUAGUCGGCGGGGGCGUCGGCCUGUUCCACGGCCCGUGGAUCAAAUUCGGCGGCAAGGACGGCAAGGAGGAAGUCGUGCAGGUACCGCAGGAGUCGAUCGACAACGGCGCGGUGCUGGUCGACGACAAGACCGGCAACGUCACCGUCAAGGAUCCCGCCGCGCUCAAGGACGCCGCGGCCGCGGCAGAGCAAGCUGCGAAGGUCUCGGCGGCUGCGCAGAAAGACCACCAGCCUGAGGAGAAGCGCAAGCCGAAGAAGCUCGAGAUCCGGUCGAACAAGCAGGGUGGUGCUGCCGAUAAGGCGGCUCCUUCGCCUCCGACCGCCAAUGGGGACAAGGGGGAGAAGAAGAAGCCGAAGAAGCUGGAGGUGCGGUCGAAGAGCUCGACUCCUGCGUCGUGA